CCGCUGUCACGUGACGGUUAAUCAUAGCUGCUAAUUUUAACAGUUUAUGAAAUUAAAACAAACACGUAUGUUUUCGCAGGUCGUUAAAAACAAGUGCGGUUUAUUUAAGUUAAUAUUCAUUCGCUCUAACCGCGGCAUAUCUAAAUCACCUCUGAGGCACCGACUUAUUUUUGAAAGUUCAGAGCGGAAGUUGUUUAGUAGUAGUAGUAGUAGUACUGGGCAGCGUCCGAGGAUGAACCGUCUCCUGCUUUACGGUGGUUAAAACAUGGAAUCGCAAGAAAACCUGUCCGGUCAGCGCGUCCGUGAUGAGCAGGAUGCCAAGCGGACCUCCGCGGAUGUGGACACCGCAGUGUUGCUGCUGGGAGCGGGAGUAACGGCCAUCACACAUCCGCUGCUAUAUGUGAAGCUGCUAAUACAGGUGGGACAUGAACCCCUUCCCCCGACCGUGGGCACAACCAUGUUUGGAAGAAAAGUCUUAUACCUGCCUGGCUUCCUCUCCUAUGCACAACACAUUGUCAAAGUGGAUGGAACGACAGGGCUCUUCCGUGGUCUCUCACAUCGCAUCGUGUCCAGUGCUGUCUCUACUGUGGUCAGGAGCAAACUGAAACGGAAGGUGAAGCUUCUGUCCAAGAAAGACGAGCCGCAGACUUCACUCAGGAAAGUGAUCAAAGAGACCACACAUGAGAUGAUCAUCCAGUGCCUUUCCAGAGUAGCCACUCAUCCUUUUCAUGUUAUGUCAGUGCGUUGCAUGGCUCAGUUUGUUGGCAGAGAGGUCAAAUAUGGAGGGGUGUUCAGUUGUAUUGUCAAGAUUUUUAAGGAGGAAGGAGUUGCUGGAUUCUAUGUUGGUCUCAUGCCCCAUGUGCUUGGAGAGGUCCUCUUCCUGUGGUGUUGUAACCUCCUGGCUCACUUUAUUAACACCUACGCUGUAGACGACGGUUUCAGUCAGGCCUCAGCAGUGAGAAGCUACACUAAAUUUGUGAUGGGUAUUGCAGUGAGUGUUCUAACAUAUCCGUUCAUGUUGGUGGCUGAUCUCAUGGCAGUCAACAACUGUGGCCUGGCUGCAGGUCUUCCUCCUCACUCUCCCAUCUUUAAGUCCUGGCUGCACUGCUGGAAUCACCUGAGCCACAAGGGUCACCUCUUCAGAGGAUCCAGCUUCUUUUUCCGUCGGGUGCCUGUGACUUCCCUGGCCCCUAUAGAGGACUGACAUCACCUGCUUAGGGUGUUCUUCGUCAUCCUCUUGCUCAGAGAUGUUUUCCACCCCGACGUCAAGCCGCUGCUGCUGUUAUCCAGAUGUAGCAGCAGACACAGCUCAUGGAGUGCCAAUGAACUUUUUGUUACAGGAGUUUAAGUUCAGUUCAGUCGGGUCAGGACACACAUUUUUGUUUUCUUUCACCAGUUUGAAUCAUUUCAGAAUCAGAAACCGCAGUGUCUUGCAGCAAUCAUCUGUGAGUGCCCUACAACUCUGAUUGCAUGGCUUCCUCUUCAUAAUAACUGCUCCUGAGGCUCUUGGGCGCUGCAGUAAUUGAUGCUGUCACACAAGGCGUACCCAGAGAUCGAUUCUAAGCAGAGCAUUUCCAGCUUCUGUGAACAGUUGGUUCAAACAGCCUGUUAUGCACUUGUUAAAGUUGGAAACAUGUUUUAGAAGAGGUUAUAUGACCUGUCUAGGUGUUUAACUAGCUGUCAACCAGCUCAACUAACUCUGUGUUACAGUAGCUAUUUCUGUAGUGACAGUUUUAUCAGUAUGAUCCCAGUUAACAUUUAUUUUUAACUAAAAUCCUCUCAGAUUGUUAUUCCUGGUUCUUACCCUCUAGUGACUGUUCUGAAGCUGCAUGAGGUUUGGUUUGUUCACAACAGAACAUCUGUCAUUUCUUUGCCAUCCAGUUAAGUGUGUGUGUUUGGUUUUGCUGAGAUUAACACAAAGUAUUGCAAAUUUUUAAAAGUGUAAACACUGGGGAUAGAAUAAAUUUUAAAAAAUAUAUGAAAUGCAUGUCUGCAAUGUAAAAACAAUAUAUUAAUAUGACCCAAGUUGUAGAUGUAUACAGGAUUAUACACAUGGCCACUUUAUUAGGUACACUUGUUCAGCUGCUUGUUAAUGUAAAUGUAUAAUCAGCCAAUCGCAUGGCAGCAACUCGGUGCAUUUGACAUGAUGGUCAAGAUCUGCUGAAGUUCAGAUUAGGGAGGAAUGGUGAUAUGUGACUUUGGCAUGGUUGUUGGUGCCAGAGCGUUUCAGAAACUGCUCAUCUACUGGGAUUUUCACACAGACAUCUCUAGGGUUUACAGAGAAGGGUCUGGGCAAAGAGACGGUGUCCAUCGAGCAGCAGCUCUCUGGGCGAAAAUGCUUUGUUGAUGGCAGAGGAGAUUGGCCAGACUGGUUCAAGUUGAUAGAAAAGCAAGGGUAACUCAACUUGUGUGCAAAAGAGCAUCUCUGAAUGCACAGCAUGUCGAACCAGGGCUACAGCAGCAGGAGACCACACCGGGUGCCGCUCAUGCUAAGAACAGGAAACAGGCUACAAUUCACAAGGGCUUCCCAAACUUGGAAGAAGCAUUGCCUGGCCUGAGUUUCCAUUUCUGCUUCACCAUUUGUAUGAUACGGUCUGAACAACAUGAAAGCAGGAGCCAUCCUGCCUCGUAUCAACAGUUCAGGCUGCUGCUGGUGCUGUAACGGUGUGGAGCACCUUUUCUUGCCACAGUUUGGGCCCCUUAGUACCAACUGAGCAUCACUGAAAUGAAAUCCUGAGUAUUGUUGCUGACCAUGCCUGUCCCUUUAAACCAACCCAGUACUGGCCAGGCGUACCUAAUAAAGUGGCCAGUGAGUGUAUUUUCUUUUUGUAAUUCAGAAAUAUUUCUGUGGUGUAAAGUAACUUUUUAAAAAUCUGUCAUUUGCUCCGUUGCAUUUAAAUGUCUCCAUCUGAACAUGUUUGUGUGGGCCGAGGUCCGUUAACCCUGUAACGAAGGCCGACCACGCUCGCACACGUGACUGAUGAAUGGGUGAUGAUCAUAUUCUGACUCCAGCUCCCGGUCUCGUUGCUAUACAUGUAAAUGUGUUGUGAUGAAAAUAAAAUGUUUCCUACUCAGUAGUGUUUAGUCCAA